UUCAAAGCGCACCGGACUCAUUUCUUAAAGCACCGCGGAGCUCACAGCCGGUGAGACACAAGCUUCACCAAAGUAGAUCUUGAGACUGUGAAUACACCGGCGAUGGCGCUGCGUGCUUGUGGCUUCAUAGUGUUUCGUCUAGCCAGUUCUAUCCCCCCACCAGACAACAUCGAGUACCUCCUCCUGCAGACCUCUUAUGGGGAGCACCACUGGACCCCACCCAAAGGUCAUGUAGAUCCAGGUGAGGAUGACCUCACCACAGCACUGAGAGAAACCAAGGAGGAGGCGGGACUUGGGGCGGAGCAACUGCAGGUGAUUGACGGCUUUUUGCAGGAGCUGCGCUACGAGGUGCGAGGUAGACCUAAAGAGGUGCUGUACUGGCUGGCCGAGCUGAGAGACCCAGGGACAGCGGUGACUUUGUCUAACGAGCACCAGGACUACCGCUGGGCCCGGCUGGAGGAGGCCUGCACUCUGGCAAAGUACAAAGACUUGCAGGACACACUGAGAGCAGCACAGACACACCUGGAGGCUCGGCAGGACAAACAGCGAUGAACCAGAAAUUAGACUGCGAAGACAGGAUGAUUUAAGAAGGGAAAGCUGCAGAUGACACAUGGGAACCUCAGACCUGAGUGCACCCAAUGUGACAGUGUGUCUGCAUUUUAUAUGAUCGAUUAUGUGUCUGUCUGAUUCACAUACUGAAUACUUCCCACUAAAAUCGUGACUGAUAUUGCAAUCACAAUAUCUGUCAAAGUAAUUGUAAUGGGAUUUUUUUCUUUUUUUCUUUUUUUUUUGCUUUUCAUUCAGCCCUAGUUUCUGUCAAAACAAACGUGAAAAGGGAGGAUAUGCAUCAGUCCUUGAUAACUGAGCACAAAAACGGGCAUGAUUAGCCCUGUCUUUAAAAGACAUAAGUUGAAAGAUUAAAUGACAUUAAAUACGUAGAUAUUUUAAAUGUAAAUAAAUUAAACACAAAACUUCAUCAAGGAGAGUCCCACUGGAACAGCGUAACCCUGAAGACAAGCAUAUGUUUAAAUUUUGUUUUUAUAUGUCUGGUAUUGGAAUUAAAAACAAUUCAAAUAAAUAUAACAGGUUUUGUGUUCCUGGAUCGAACUAAAAGUGUCUUAAAAUGUGAAAAAUAUAUAAAAGGGGAGCUCACACUUGUAAAAAAAGACUGAAUCUAAUGCUGGAGUAUAAUCCCCUUGCACUAGCAAAAAGAAAACUGGAUGAAAAUAAAGUGUAAGCAGCAGAUGUUGCCACAGGGUGGGGACAAAAACAAGAAAUCUGUCGGCGUUCAUUUGCCACAGACUACAAAAUACUGCAGGCUGUAGAAAAAUGACUUAAAUGACCCAUGAACUCAGUAACAGCCUUCAGCAUCCAAAUAAAGUGGGACACUCCCAUUACUUUAAAAAAAUCAGUUAAAUAAAAGCCAGUAACAGGGAUCAUUUCAUUAUGUAAGAAACUAUAGGUUCAUAAAAUCUGAGAUCAUUACUAUGCAGUGAUUCUGGGUGAACGCACACAUAAUCAUAAAUGUCAAAGAGUGAAUGUCAAGUUGACCAUAUUUUUUAGGGAUGAUAUACUCAUCUAUAAAUUAAACAGCCCUUAGUGUACUAAUGAAACCAUUUGCAAGCAGGAAGAAUUACCACAUCAUAAAUUGGACUGUAGACACUUGAGACCAGGUUUUAUGUACUCUGCGGUUUCUGAGAUAUUAUUAAGGAUGUUCCUCAGGAAAAAAACAGGUGAUUUAAGACAAAUAAUGUAAUUGAAACCAGUCAGCAUUAGCAUACCAUGAUCACUCUGAGAUGAGAUGAUUGAGCAGUGGUUUUAUUCUCUGACACCAUAGACGACGGGUAAAAAAAAAAAUCCUAAUAUUCGAUUUGUUUUUAACUCCAGUUAUCUACUCCUCAUAUUGUUUAACGAUCUAAAAGUUAUAUUUUUUCAAUAUAGUGAAUAGCAGAAAGUGG